CAGAGCGGGCUCCGGCAGCCACCACAAAGCAGGAGUUGGCCACCAAUGGAUCGUCCAUAUGGGACAUAAGAGCUAUGGCUAAUAGUAACUGGGCAAACAUCACCUGGAGCCACAAUUACUCUGCAGGAACUGACUUUGUGGUUAAGUAUAUCACCAGUAACAAGACAGAGAAAUCUAUCCCUGUUAAAGCUCAGACCCCCUCCUCUGUGCAGCUGGCGAAUCUGACGCCGGGAAUGAUGUACAAGCUGUGGGUGUUCCCCAUAUGGUCUAGCCCCAGCGAACACUCGUACAUAACCUUUACCACCAGCUCAGCUUAUACCAAGAACCACGUGGACAUCGCAACGCAGGGCUGGUUCAUCGGGCUGAUGUGUGCCAUAGCUCUCCUGGUCCUUAUUCUGUUGAUCGUCUGCUUCAUUAAGAGGAGCAGAGGCGGGAAAUACCCAGUACGAGACAAUAAAGAUGAGCAUCUAAAUCCCGAAGACAAGAACGUAGAAGACGGGUCGUUCGACUACAGCGAUGAAGACAACAAACCCCUGCCAAACAGCCAGACCUCCUUGGACGGCACGAUAAAGCAGCAGGAGAGUGACGAUAGCUUGGUGGACUAUGGAGAGGGGGGCGAAGGGCAGUUUAACGAGGACGGCUCCUUUAUCGGCCAGUACACGGUGAAGAAGGACAAAGAGGAGACCGAAGGCAACGAGAGCUCGGAAGCCACCUCCCCAGUCAAUGCUAUCUACUCCUUGGCAUAGCGCAAUGCACUGAAACCACAAACAGCCUGAGAUGUUCGUAGUGGAUGGGGGUUAAACAGCCGCCGCCGCCACUACCUCCAACAGAAACAUGUGAAUGAAACCAACCCGCAGUGACAAAAAAAAAAAAUAAAAA